CUUUAUACAUUCAGCAUAAUAGGUGGUGUUUUUGUAAAGAUAUGCGUAAUAAAACAACAAUCUGAUAUAAGUUGGUCGUUUGUUGUUCUAGAAUAAUAUUAUAUUCGCUCAUGAAAAAAUAACAACACUUUUUUUUUAAAACAAAGUAUUGCCUUUUUUUUAUUUCUUAAGGAGAUAAACAGUCUAAGUGUUACAUGUAGCAGAUGUCACUCCUCAAAAUUACUUCCCGUUGCUGCAAUGAAAAAGUGUUCAGACAAGUUGUCUUAUUUGUUAACUUGGAAUCUCAUAUUCUUUGACUCAAGAUGUAUUAGAAUGUACUUCCUGAUCGCCCUAGUGUUGCUGCUCGUUACACGCGCUUUUGGUUCUGAAAAUAUAGCACUUGGUAAGCCAACCUGGCAAGAACAUCCCUGGCCAGAUCCUCGAUACUAUAGUGGAGAUAAUGCAGUGGAUGGUUUACACACUGAUCGUUCACUUGGUGGAGGUCAAUGUUCAAUGUCAGCAAAUUAUCAAUAUACAGCUACGUGGAGAGUGGACCUGGGGAAUGUGUUCAGCAUCAGCCAUAUCGACAUCUACUAUAGAACUGAUAAUCAGCCAAUUCCAACGGUAUAUGCUAGAAGGAUGGCUGAAUUUUAUUUGUACGUUUCCAAUACAACUUCAAAAGAAACCGGACAUAUUUGUUUCCAUGAAAAUCAAACAAAACACGAAAUGAUAUUGGAGGACAUAAGCAUCAACUGUUCUGUUUCCGGACGCUACGUCAUCUACUACAAUGAACGUAGACGGAAUGUUAAGUAUCCUUGGUUCUAUUCAACCUAUGCCUACAACGAACUGUGUGAAGUAGAGGUUUAUGGUUGCAAAGUGUCUAUACUCAAUGAAGAGAUCUCCACACAUAUGUGUCCAAGAAACUGUCAGCAGGGAAAAUGUGACAUUAACACAGGUCACUGCCUCAAAUGUAUUCUCGGAUAUCAGGGACCACUUUGUGACCAGGCUUGUAAAGACAAUGACUGCACAGAUCCAUGCGAUACAAACUGUGUAAACCAGUCCUGUCAUCAAAGAACCGGAAACUGCUUUUCAAAAAUCAAUAUAACCAAUAAAUCGAUCAUGACAACUAGCGAUGCUGAGAAAAUUGGGCCUACCAUUAUUUUUAUAGCUUGUGGUAUCGUAGCGGCAGUUAUCGUAAUAAUAAUCGCCAUUGUUGCAAUAGUUCUGUACAAGAGAACAAAAACUACUAAUGAAGAGCAGGAAGAAACAAAUCGAAGAAAAGAAAAUAAAACCGAGUCAACAACGAAGAAUACGUUUCCAAACUCCAGGUUAUAUUCGUCUCACACAUGUGUAAACAUUGACAUAGAAAAUAGUCUUGCUCAGCCUGAGUUUUCAAAAUCACCUAGUACACACGGUGAAGACACAAAGAACUUUAGCCAGAGCAUUGAACUAAGUGGUGAAGAUGUUGAUAUUGAUGAACAAAUACACGAUGAAAACCCGUAUGGAGAUUUUUAUAUGAAUGAGAAAUCAAUACCUGAUAUUGCAGUAGAUAACUUGGGAAAUGUCAUUGAGGAAAGGUCAAGGAAUGAAGACGACUGUUUUAAAAAGAAUUAUUCGACUUUAUUAUAUGGCGAGAGGUAUCCCUGUGAGAUAGGAAAACUCCCUGAAAAUAUCACAAAAAACAGAUUCAAAACGACAUUUCCCUAUGAUCUUUCAAGGAUAAAAUUGGCAAACAAAGAGUCAGACUACAUCAAUGCUAACUAUAUUGAUGGUGUUCGCCAGGAAAAUCGCUACAUCGCAACACAAGGCCCAACUCAAAACACUGUUGGAGACUUUUGGUUAAUGGUUUGGCAAGAACAUGUUGAACAAAUUAUCAUGCUUACAAAUCUGAUGGAAGGACCAAAGUCGAAAUGUGUCCAAUAUUGGCCAGAUUUAGAAGAAACCAUGGUCUGUAACAUGUUCACAUUACAUACAGAUACAGAGCUACACUACGCUUGUUACAGCAUCCGUAAACUGCGAUUGACGUAUAACGAGGAGCAGAAUGAGAGUAGAACAAUUACACAGUAUCAUUACACAGCCUGGCCGGAUCACGGUACACCCGAUCCGCUUUGUCUCUUGAUGUUCCACAACCACGUAACAAGAACAAAAUUAGGCCAGUUAAAAGUUCCAACUUUAGUCCACUGCAGUGCUGGAAUUGGAAGAACAGGAACCUAUAUAGCGAUUGAUGCUUUAUACGAAGAGGGCCAACAAAAAUCCAAAAUUAACAUUGCAGAAUACGUGAGGAAAAUGCGAGAAAAGAGAAUGAAUAUGGUCCAAACUUAUGAACAAUAUAAGACAAUAUUUCUGACUCUGCACGAAAUGUUUAAAGCCCCUGUUGGCGUUCAUACAACAAAUGACUACCUAAAAUCACAAUCGGCAAAAAGUAAUCAUCCUGCAUAUGUGUCAUCAUUACGAAAAGAGUUUCAGAGGCUUCUGUCGAUUCGACAUCAGUACUCAGAAAACGAUUUCAAAAUGGCAUUGCAGUACAAAUCAGUUUCAACGUCGAUUCUCCCUCUUGACAAGUACGUUGUGUUCUUGACUUCAAGUGUUCCAAAACGUGGAAACUACAUUAACGCAAUAUUCUUGCCCUCAUUUACAAGUCAGAACGCGUUUAUCGCCACCCAUUAUCAAUCCACGGGAGAUCCUGUUGACUUUUUACGACUAAUCACCGAUUAUGAAUCUAAAGUAGUUGUUUAUAUGGAUCCUCUCUGUCAUGUGGAGUUCGCAAAUGAUUGGCUACCGACUGCAACAGAAUCUAAAACUGUGUCACCUUACACAAUUAAACAACAACAAGAAUUGUCAACGGGAUUUAAAUGCAGGAAACUUGAGAUUUCCAAAGAAAAGUCCAGUGAUGGAGUUUGGGUGGUUGAAAUAAUUGAGCCAAUUAGCGUCCUUUCACAGGACAAUCCUCAGACGACAUCACAAAUUCUUGGUUUAGUAUCCUUUGUACAGAACGUUAAAGCAGACAACCCGGUUACUGUCGUCAGCAGGGAUGGUGCCGCUCUGUGUGGUGUGUUCUGUGCUGUAUACAACCUGAUACAACAACUGACAAUGGACGAGGAGAUAGACGUGUUCUCUGUGGUUAGACUCCUACAAACACGACGUCCGGAAUUGUGCUCAACCAUGGAGGAGUACAUCAUGGUACACGACGCUUUGAUGAAGUUUUUAGAUAAAAACGAGUGAACAUACCAUACACAACCAGUAAUGUGCUUCUGAUACAAGUAGUUACAUGUACUCAGAGACCAAGAGCUACUGUUUGUUUCAAAACAUUGUUUAGACAAACAUUUAAGUCAAAAGAACUUCUAAUAUAUGUGGUAAACAGUUCGAUUUCACUUUGUUCGUUUUCAUAAUAAAUGCAUGUGAGGUUUUUUUUUGUUUUUGUUUUUUGUUUUUUGGGUUUUUUUGGUAAUGAUUUAUUAUUAAUAGAUUGCCUACCUUAGUGUUAUUGCAAUCAAGCCAUGCAUGUUAUUUUAUUAUUGUAAUGAACUCUUUUUAUGCAAUUAUUUAUAUUAACUCGAGAGAGAUGUUAAUUUGUGUUUAGAAUGAGUUUGAUAUAUUUUUAUGAACUUUUUUUUGUGUCUUUGUUU